CUUUUAUGCCAGUCGGCGGUUAUUUUGAAAAUAUGAGUUGGUUUCCAGAUGAGGAUGGGAUACGACAAACGUUAGACUUGCUGCAUAAUUCUCAAUCAACUGACACAAACGUUCAAAGGGUUGUGCAUGAGAAAUUGAAUGAGUUGAACAAUGUUCCUGAUUUUAACAAAUACCUAGCAUUUAUCUUGACAAAUGCAGGUUCGGAAAGUGACAGCACGCGUUCUCUUAGUGGACUUAUUUUGAAAAAUAAUCUAAAAAGUCACUUUAAGAGAUGCCCUCCUGAACUUAUUAGUUACAUCAAGGAUGGGUGUUUACGGUGCAUCAGCGAUAGCUCACCUAUGAUCAGAUCAAUUGUCGGAAUUCUUAUCACCACCAUUGUAACUAGUGAUGGCAUACAAAACUGGCCGGAAUUGCUAUGUAACUUCUGA